AUGAAGCCUUUCCGAAUAUCCACACUGCUGCGCCCAACGCAACCCUUAACCUAUACCGUUCCCUUCCGCAGUACCAGCCGAAGCCUCAACACCACCCCUCCCCUCCGCCAACCCAAAUCCGCAUCCAAUACCUCCCCCGAGCAACCCGUGAACUUCUACAAAGUGUACGGCCGUGCCCUUUUUAAAUCGCUGACGCUCGCCUUCCUCAGCUACCAGAUCGCCUAUUGGACAUGGCUGACGCUUGAGACGGAAGACAUCAAGGACCAGAAAAAUCGGGAGAUCAAAUCUUUAGAGCGUGAAGUCAGAUUACUGGAUGAGAGUCGAAAAGCUCAUCGGCCUGGUGAAUGA